AUGCCACCCCGCAAAUCGAAGAAAAAGCAGACGCGACUUGCCUUUGCGACUUCCACCGCUUCGCCUUCAGCGGAUGUGACUCCAGAGAAAAAUAAAUAUGCAACGCUCACGUACGACAACCCAAGCUUGGGCACAUACCGUCCUCCAAAGCCUCCGAAGGUCAAGAGGGAGACUUCGCCCAAAAGGAAACAGCCGAAGCUCCCCACUAAGACGGGGUCCGUUGAUAAAUCCACGAACGAACUGUUUGUAGAAGAUCGACCGGACAAUGAAUCCUUAGACGAACCUAUCAUCCCCGCCUCCCAGAAGAGAAAGCAAGCCGCGCCACCUGACAAUCUCGAAGUGGUGGUCCACAGCCCACCAAAGCGCGAGGACACCCAAGAUGUGAAGAAAGGCAAAUCGCGGAAAUCACAGCGAUCCUUACAAUUUUUAAAGGAACCUACUGAGAAUACAAAUGCUUCUGAUUCAGAGGAGCUAUCCCGGCCGCGCCGAACACACAAGCGAAAGGCCGCAACGUCACCUAUUGACUCCAGCGACUCAGAUGAGCCUGUAGCCUCUUCAGCGGCCAACCGGCGCAGGUUAACGCGCGGCGGUCAUUCUUCAAGCUCACCUGUUUUACUCAGCGACGAUGAUUCAAACGAGCCAGUGGCUCCUUCGACCGCCAAGAGGCGCAGAUUAGCAAGGUCAGCCAUAGUGUCCAAAAGCGACGACGAUGACUCGGACGAGCCUUCGCCCUCUUCGCCAGUGAAGAGGCUCCGACGUGGACAGGAGAAAGAAACAUCUCAAGCUCCUCACACUCCCCGCCACAUCUCGAAACAGGCUAGACUUGAUAUCGCAGAAGAUUUGGAGGACCUUCAAGAUUCAGUUGUUAAAAAAAGUCGAACUCGCGGCCGGAAUGUCGAAUCUGCCCGAGACAAGCGAAUGAGGCACCUUGAAGCCCUCCGCCGCAGACGGGCUGGUGUGAAAGAAGAGGACGUCGAAGAAGAUGAAGAUGAAGAUGAAGAUGAAGACGAAGACGGUUCAGAUGUGCAGGAGAUUAAACGACCUGGCAGCGAUGCCAGUCCCACUGCUCGUGGUCUCUGGCGGCAUCACGACGACGGUGACAGCGACAUGGAAUCAGCCAUUGAUCCCAACGAGAACCUUGACCGAUAUGAAGACGACUUUGUCCUAGAAGACGAGCAUGAUUUCGGUGUUCCCACUGAGGAGAUCCCCUUCGAGUUCACUCGGCAUGCAUAUAAGCAGCCGAAGGAGUACUUCCGCGACGUCAUCGGCUGGAUGGUGCAAAACAAGCUAAACCCGGCCUUCCCUCGCUCUGACGACAUGUACAAGAUGGCAUUCAUGAAGCUGGAAGAUGAAGUCAAGGGUCGGGCUGGUUCCCAGCUUAUCUCCUCCGUUUGGAACCCCGGUUUCGUCUAUGCCCUCCAGGCCCGACCGCACAUCGAAAUCGCUGCUUUCCCCACAGAGGAGAACCAUCCCUGCGAUGCUUGUAGGCGCUCUGGACAUCCCGCUUCUAGUGAUAUAAAGCUCUACGGGAAAGCGUAUUCCCUGGAGACGCUAGAGCCGCUGGAAGAUGAUAAUGAUGACAGUGAUGAGAAUUCCAAUAACCACAACGAUGGACAGGACCGUGACCGGGAUGGCCAUAUCAUUCCUCCUGAGAAUGUCCGGUAUUUCCUGGGAAAACAAUGCAAGGCGAGGGCCCAGCUCGCUCACACCCUCACACACUGGCGCUACCAUCUCAAUGAAUGGGUCAUCGACUUCCUCGAUCGUACGGGCCACAUGGAAGCCGAUGAGAUCCUCCGACGAAACGAUAUGAGCAUCAAGCGGAGGACGCGAAAUGCAAAUGAUGUCCUCGACAUGAUGACUGGAAGUGGUGAAGUCGAUAAGCUUUGGCGUGACUUCCAUAUUAAUCUCAAGUCUGCUCGCGAGAAAGAGGAUGCCAGCUUACCAGAGGGUUGA